UCAGUUUGCUACUUGGGUGGACUAUUACAUGACUGUAACAAUCAUAUAACAUUUUAGUAACAUGUUAUAUUCAUGUUAUAUAACUGCAAUUUUGUAUGAGUGGGAAAUUACAACUAACGUGAAUGUUACAUGUAACAAAUACGUUAUAUUACUUGUUACAUUCCGUUUUAUUAUGGCAAUGUUACAGUUAUGUAUCUGUGUUUGCUGGGUUAUAAGCAAUUGAGAAACACGUCUUAUCGUGAAUUAAACUUUUACUUUGAUAAAAUUUUUAUUUAAGGCUUACGAAAAUCUUGAAAAUAUUAAGAAAUUUUGAUAAGCGAUCGUUGUUGAGGAAGAACCAACACUUUAGAUUUUGAUAAAUAUACAUGAUAUGAAUGAUAGAAUUUUAAUAUCGGAUACUGUGGAAUAUAUUGAAAAAAAAAUAUAUUCUGUGCAUUUUGAUUAAUAUCCAACUGUUUCUUUCUUCCUGUUAUUGCACGUACAUUGCACGUACUAAUGUAUAGUGUAUGAUAAGCCAGUGGAAUAUUUUACGUUAUAUAAAUAAAGGUGCGCAAAUGAGUGCCGAUGACUUUUUUGUGCCGCUUGAAUGUAUAAUGACCAAGAAGCAUAAUCGCGAGUAUUAAUAACUUGAAACUCGGAAAUUUCUUCUUGCGAACGAAAAAAAAAAAAAGUAAGAUGACCACUACACUGCUUUACGGCAAUAUCGUUAUACGAGAUCUCUGUGUAUUCCAAUGCUUAAACACGCAUACAACGCAACGCAACACGUACAAGCGAUUAAUUCCGCCUGUCAGAGGAGAACGGCUCUUUCAUAAAUAAUACCGUUCGUUUGUUCCCUACCGUAUUUUUUUAAAAGGACUAUUUUUUUAUGAUAAUAUAUCGAGACGUGCUUACCCGGCAUCGCAGACAUUAAAAAAAUUCAGUAUCAAGUAAUAAGCGAGAACUCGAGAUAAGGAUUUAACACGGUAGUUUGUAUUUUUCUCGCUUUAUCUCUUGAAAGAUUUCUCGAUCGACGCAUCUAAGCCUAUCGUUUGAUAUUUCAACAUCAUUUAACGGGCCGGGAGAUUUCUCUCGCCUUAUCACUGUUAUAAAGACAAGGAAAAUAAACGUCAUUGGCCGCGCAACAUUGAUGUAUCUUAGCGAGAACACAUGAGAGAGAUAGAUCAUGUAUCGCUACACGAUCACAAGCGCACGCCGGGAGGCCAUACACAGCCGGUUAUUAUGCCGCAGAUAAUAUGGCUCUCGAAGGUAAUUAAUACUAUUGUUAUGAUUCCGACAGGUACGUCAUGUCCGUGUACCUUGACUAGGCGAUUCUUCAGUCUUCGCUUGGAGCUCGUAAUGGACACAGAUAUUGGUGCGAUCUUCUCUUAGCGUCUUCCGAGAAAUGCACACAUGUAUUCACCGACUGUCGUUUUAAGGAAAUAAUUCAUCACUUGUGACGACACGUUUCAAAUUGUGCAAUUUUCAGUUGGAAUAAAAAUCGGUAUCGGGGUGCAAUUAUAAAUUUCCAAACGAUUGGGUUCUCGCGCGACCGUGCACGCAGAAAUCUGUAUCAACAGUAAAUAAGAGUGAAUUGUGUACGAUGUAACGUACCUUGACAUACCUGCAUAUCUUGAGUCGCUUAAUGUCUUUCGAAAGUGAACCGACAAAUACAGAAGUAAUGCGUAAACAUUCGGAGAGAUAAACAAUAUAUAAAUGAUAUUUUUCGUUGUACAUAUAACUAGCUAAAUCGCUAUUUGGGAUAAAUCCGUCUAAGAUGAGCACUUUUGUCGAUGGUGUCCCGCACGAGAAGGCAAAUAUCAUGGAGAACGCGAGAUUAAACGCGAAUACCCACGCGCUCAGCGAUACAGGAGAAGAUGUGAUGAAAGGCAAAUUCAAUAAAUCAACUCAGAGCGAUAUCUCGGCUUGGAAGUUUUCCUAUGGAAGCAGACAAAGAUCCAGACCGACAUCUCUCGCGUACUUGUCGGCGAAGCAAUUUCAGAUGAGCGAGUCGAGUUUUUCCACGAAUAGCUCGAGGAGUACACUAUAUCCGGUUCAGAGCGAAUUGGUCUUAUCGCCUAAAAACAGAUACAACAACAACAGAUAUGUAUCUCUAGAUAUGAGAUCGAUCAACAGCCUCCCGUAUUCAUCCUCGAACAACCACAUCUUAGGUAGUAAUAAUACGCCGUACACGUGUUGCUGUACAUGUCCGCAGAUCCCGCCGGUGAUACCGUCUUCGCAACACUCUGACGAGCAGGACGGGCCCGAGAAUCUCUCAUGGAGGAGACUCCACAUGAGCAGGGCUAAAUUGAAAGCAACUGCAACCACAUCCGAGCUACUUAGUGGGUUUGCAAUGGUAGCGAUGGUAGAACUGCAGAUCAACGAGCCAACAGCGGUGCCGGAAUGGCUAUUCGUGAUGUUUGCAGUUUGUACUACUUUUCUGGUAUCGGUACACAUCUUCGCGUUGAUGAUAAGCACGUAUCUCUUACCCAAUAUCGAAGCCAUAAGUAAACUCCAAGUCUCGCGUCUUAUAACGGAGUCACCGCACGAGAGAAUGCGCGGUUUCAUCGAAUUGGCUUGGGCAUUUUCCACGAUACUGGGACUGUUUCUCUUUUUAGUAGAGGUGGCUAUUCUUUGUUGGGUCAAAUUCUGGGACUAUUCUUUUACCGCCGCCACUGCCAGCACUGUGAUAAUCAUUCCUGUGCUCAUAGUAUUCGUCGCUUUUGCCGUUCAUUUUUAUCAUUCUCUAGUAGUUUACAAAUGUGAAAGUGUAGUAUCAGAUAUGAAGGAUCUAGAGAGUAUAAAAAGAAACUUGGACAAUGUGAUGGGGCAAACUAACGUAUAAACUCCCGAGAUGUGAUGUGAUAAUUUGAUAAUACAUAUAAUCAAUUAUAUCCUGAAAAUGAAAAAAGAUAUAUUGAACUUCAAAGAUGAUGAGUAAAAAUUGUAUCCUGUAAUUUCUAGUGGUAUACAAAUCGAUUUGCAAUCGCAGAUGAAUACUCAGGUUAAUAAUGGAAAAUGUUAUUCAAUAAAGAGAAAAAACAUGAUAUUUUCAACGCGAGAAUACAACGUAAGAAAAACACACAUACAAAUUUGUUAUCAAUAACUUUUACUUUUCAAACGCGACCACAUACGAAAAUGGUCAAGUUUUAUUAUAUAUAAAAAAUGUACAUAGCUGUACACAUGCAAGUCAAGAAUUGCAACAGUACAAGCAAGUGCUUUUUUUUUAAUAUGUUACCUAUAAUAUAUAUCCAGCAUUUUUAAUAAUAUUCUGUGUAUAUACGGUUUAACUCUUGAUUUUUAUUUAAAUCUGUUCAUUGAUCAUUUUGUUUCUAUCAUAAUAUGUCAUGUUAUUAAUAUAUAGUAUUUUUUUUUAAUCUCGUCACUUAGUUUGUGGAAAAAAUGAAUGACAGUUGUAAGUAUUCGUUUUAUAUACACUUCCUGAAAUUUACAUAAUGAGCAUUUUUUUAGUACUUGUACAAUCCUAGUCAAUAAAUAAAUCAUCAGACUUUAGGAAAUAUACAACAAAAUGUGAUUUGUUACAUAUAUUGAAACAAAAAUGAAGGUAUACACAAUUAAUUUACCUCUCAUUCUUACCAUAAACUAAGUUGCAAUCUUACUAUAAACACCUUCUAUAGUAUUAUGCCUUAAUUUCUUUUGUACAAAAACAUUUAUAUCGUUUGAAGAAGGAGUCUCGUUGUGAAAACGAAUCGAGAAAUAGAAUUAUUUUAGUAUAACUAAAAAGUAUUAUGAUCCUGUUGUAUAAAUUAUAAAUUGUAUUGCAUUAAUCUACAUUUGAAAACUUGAACGCUUUCUUAAAGAUACACUCUAUAUCGUACUAAAAAAAUUCAUUGCAUUCGAUUAAUUUGCUUAACAAAUAAAAUCUCUUCAUGGGGGCACGACGCAAUUGUUGCUAAGUCUGCGCCUUCUCUGUCGAGGUUAUUCAUAUGUACAUUGGAAGAAAAAAUUUUAACAUACAUUACAGAACUAUAAACGUUAUAUUAUAGUGUACGUAAUUUGUUAAAAAAAAAUCACAUACUGUCGACAAACUGAUGAUCUGAACACAGCUAAAUGUUUUUUAAAAUAUAAUAAAAUAUAUAUAAAAUAUACCAUUUUACAAAAGCGUCUUUAUGAGUUUUUUAAUCGAAUAACAAAAGUAAUCAAAAUAUAUUAUUACUUAUUGUGUGUGUGUGUGUGUGUGUGACAUUUUAUUAUAAACACACACACACACACACACGCACGCACACGCACGCGCGCGCGCGCGCACGCGCACACACACACACACACACACACACGUGAUUAUAAUAAAAUGUCAAAAAUGAUUUAUUUGAUAUACACAUUUGUAUAUCAAUAUGAGAUAACAAUGGAGAAUAAAUUGCUUGUGCUAUGGACAGGUAGACAAAUAAAGAAUGAUAAAAAUUAAAAACAUUUUUACAAAAUUAACGAAAUGUUAUUCAAUGGUGUUGAAAACGCCUUCUUUAAGACUUAAGCUAAGAUGUAAUUGAAAUAAAACUUAGUUUUUUCUAUAUUACUGUAGGAGCAAACAGAUAAAAUUUGUUCCGAUCACUCUCACUAAUAUAUUUUUUUUAUCGCAGAUUUCUGAAGAUUGGAGAAGACCUUUCCAAAAUUUUAUAAUAAUAUAAUUUUUAUAUAUUUAAGGAACUUAUAAAUUUUAAACUAUUAUUUUGAUGUGUGUGUGUGUGUGUGUAUAUAUGUGCAAUUUCGUUUUUACAUAUAUUAUCAUAUUUAGCAAAUUAUUAAUCUGUUGUGUGUGUGUGUACUAUAUGUAUGUAUGUGUGUAUGUAUGUAUAAUGUGUAUGCGUAUACUAAUUUGCUAAAUACAAUGAGAUAUAAAAAUAAAAUUAAAUUCACAUCAUUAUUAAAUAUCUAGUUGAUUUGUGACUAUGAAUAUUUUACAUAACUUAUUUUAAAGCAAGGGACAAUAUGAAAGAGCAUAUAUUAUUCUACCUUCCUUAGACAAUAUAAUAUUAUUAUAUUAGAAUAUAUUAUAUUAUUUCAUUUAAUCUAAGAUACUAUAAAUUGAUCCAAGAGAAAGGUAGAAUGGAAAAAAUUAUUUAUCUUUCAGAGAAAUCACUUAAUAAAUUGGCUUUCGUACAUAUUAUCUUCAGUCUUGUCCUUAAAUAAACAUAUAAAGUCUUUUCGACAGCCUAUCCAUAGCAAGAGCUCGUUUAGAAAGCCUUUUUGUUUAAACAAACCUUCCUGUAAUUAUCUUUAACAAUGCACAGUUUCAUAUUACAUCCUACUUACACGUUGAGAAUGACAAUGAACUAAUCUCCUCCGAAAUAAAAAAAGUUUGAUCAACAAAUAGAUAGCAAAACAAAACAGUAUCGAAAAGCGUGCUAUUGAUUACUGCAAAUCGCAAAUUCGUGCCUAUAUGUUUAUAAAAAUGAUGUAAUAAAUAUAUACAUAAUUAUUUUUAGCAUUAUUACUUUGCUCAAUCAACUUUAAACCAACUUUAAACCAAGUCACAACCUACAUGUAUAUGUGUAUUGGAUUCUUAUCCAAAUGUUCACAAAUAGUUCAUAAAUUAUUCUAUUCACAUAGCUAUACAUAUUUGCAAGUAAUUUGAUACCAAUUGAGUAUAAUGAAUCAAAAUGAUAUUCUGCAAUGAAUUUUAACCAUUGUAACCAUUUGUAACUGAAUUUUACAAGAGUUAUUUAUAGCUGUUCAAUACUUUUUGUUUGAUUGAAAGUAAAUACCUCGAGAAUCUAUUAAUUGUUAUAAUAAUAGUAAAAAUAAAAGACCAUUUUUCACUUGUAAAAUCAAUCACAUGAUACAUAGUUUUUAGCUAUUAUGUAGUAGCUUGAAAUGACAAUAAUAUUGAUUGCAUUAUCUAUUAUAUGCACAAUAUCUAUCCAUAUACUCAACAUCAAUUUAAGACACAGAAAGAAUGCCAAUAAUAUAUGUGUCAUUUGGCAUUCCAGAAAUAUUCUGAGAGGAUUCUUCGACCUCUAUUGUUUCGGUAAAAAGUUGUUUGCAGCGCUAACAUUAUACUCGUGUGACAUUAUGUUACAUUUAUAAAUUAUUUAUGCAAUAUAUGUAUUUUUACACUAAAUAAGAUCGCAAUGAAUUGCAUUGACCUUAAAUCUGAAUUGUCCUCCGUAUUGACUUUAAAAAGAAAGUAAACGUAUAUUGCGCGCGCACGCGCGCAUGUGUGUAUAGAAAAAAACUUACUUACAUUAAAUGACAUUGGUGAAAAUAAGGAUGUGAAAUUAUGUGGUAGUGAAUUUCAUGCAAGAAUUUUGCCUCCAAUACAGUGCAAUAUACAGAAAGCCAUCACUCUUGUCAAACGUCCAUAUGUUUAGAAGGUUGUUGAGAUAUGAAUGGUUCACUCCACAUUCGACGCAAAUCUCCCUGAAAAAAAAAAAAA